AGUUCUGCAGCCGGCAAUCCACGCGCCGCAUCCGUUGUUUGUUUUCCGCUUCAAGAGCAGUGCACCAAGAUGGGCAAAAAGAAGCGCGGCCAUCCCGAUGUCGAGGAAAUCCUCUCGCGACCAUGGUGUUAUUACUGCGAGCGUGAUUUCGAAGAUCUGAAGCUCCUCAUUUCCCACCAAAAGGCCAAGCACUUCAAAUGCGACCGUUGUGGCCGACGACUAAACACUGCGGGAGGUCUCUCCGUCCACUUGAACCAGGUUCACAAAGAGACGCUCAGCCAGGUUGAAAAUGCGCUGCCCAAUAGACAAGGACUCGAGGUCGAAAUUUUCGGCAUGGAGGGUAUUCCACAAGAAGUGCUCGAACAGCAUCGGAAUCGCAUCAUCCAAAACUUCUACCAGGCGCAGGAGGACCGCAGAAUUGCCACUGGCAAUCCCCCGCCCGGCCAAUCGAAGAACCCAAGAAAGAAGAUCAAGAUUGAGACAGCGGAGGAGCUCCUAAAGAGAUUUGCCGAGUAUCGCGCUCAGCGAAAAGCGGUGUUAGCAAGUGGUGGGAGUAUGGACGGCGUCGUGCAGACAGGCACAGCUUUCCCUCAGCAAACAUUCAACCAGCCCGGCUUCCCUGGACAACAACCGCAUGGACAAGCUGCUUACGGAUUCUCCGCAGACUCUCUUCCGGCGCGACCUUCUUCAGGUUUGGUUGGAGCACCGGGCUUGCCCCAACGGCCCACACAGGCCGGAUUCUGGGGUAGCUCAGCUCAAGCUACCGCUUCUGGCGAUGAGAUUGAUCAAUUAAUCCGUAUGGCUGAAGCUGGUGUCAAGCCGCAGAAGAGGCCGGAAGAGGGUGAGGAGGCAGGUGAUGGCAAGGGCAAAAAAGACAAGGACAAAAAGGGUCGGAUGGUCUACGAUGAUGCGGAAUUCAGUCCCGAGGAAAAGAUGGCAGCUCUGCCUCGCUAUGCGUACAUACCGCCAGUUGGAACUUAAUAUCUGUGCAUGAAGGCUAUUGGGUACUUUGAGCAGCAAAAGGAGAGCUCCUCUCAGAUGGGGAACGGGUACACGAGCUGCAGAACUUGCUUUACAAAUGCUGGUUGAAGGCACUUUCACAAGGGUAGGCGUCAGGGAUUGUGUAUAAUACUACAACGGAAUUUUUUUUCAUUCUUCUGCAGACUUUGAUGUGGGUAGAUCUGAUGUGGAGAUAUUAGGAUGAUUCCCACGUCACGAUAAUAACCAUAAGCUUUCG